AUGGGGAAGCGAAAAGGUGCUGAUGAUUCUUCUACAAGGGAGAAUGUGAAUCAGGACUUUGUAGAUUUCUUACAGGAACUGGCCAACUAUGAGAAGAAUGUUUCAAAUAACAUCCACAAGUACAAUGCUUAUAGAAAAGCUGCUGCCACUCUUGCAAAACAUCCUACACGAAUUACCUCUGGAAACGAGGCCAAGAGCUUUCCAGGCAUUGGAGAUCGCAUUGCAAAGAAGAUUGAUGAGUUUAUUGAAACUGGCAAAUUGGAGAAGCUGGAGAAAAUCAGGAAAGAUGACACUCAUGUAGCAAUCCAGGAAAUGACUCGAGUCAUGGGCAUUGGCCCAGCCAAGGCAAGAGAUCUGGUGAUGGAAGAUGGCAUCAAGUCCAUUGAUGAGCUGCGAAAACAUCCAGAGAAAUUGAAUCGGCAGCAGCUGAUUGGAUUACAACAUCUGGAAGAUUUUGAGAAGAGAAUCCUAAGGGAGGAGGUGACAGCCAUGGAGGAGUACAUCCAGGUGCAGGCCAAGAAACUGGACAAGAAAUAUAUAGCUCAAGUGUGUGGCAGUUACCGUAGGGGUACAGCCACAAGUGGUGACAUUGAUGUCCUCCUUACCCAGAAAGAAUACACUUCAGACCAAGGGAAACAACCAAAGCUGCUUCACAACCUUGUAAACCAUUUGAAAGACAAGGGGUUCAUUUCUGAUAUAAUUUCCUCUGGUGACAGCAAAUUCGCUGGUGUUUGCAAGCUCGAAGACAGAGAGUACCAUCGACGAAUUGACGUUCGCCUCAUUCCCUAUGACCAAUACUACUGUGCAUUGCUUUACUUCACAGGGAGUGACAUCUUCAAUCAGAGAAUGAGGGCUCAUGCUCUGGAACAGGGCUACACACUCAAUGAGUACUCUCUUCGGCCAUUUUGUUCUGAUGGGAAGCCGGGGGAACCAGUCAUUAUCACUUCAGAGAGUGACAUCUUUGACUACAUAAACUAUGAUUACAAGAAACCUGAAGAAAGAAACCUCUGA